AUGGUCCAAAUCCUGGUCGAGGUGCGCAGCGGACGGUGGCAGGAGCGCAAGCAGUUUGAGCUGCUGGAGUGCGAGAUGGAGACUGGCAUUCUGGAGGUGAAGCAGCGGGCGGCGGGGUCGGCGGCGGCCAGCGCCGCGGCCAAGGGCGAGCCGCCGCUGCACCCGGGGCCACCCCCCGAGGAGCAGGAGCUGGUGUUCAUGGGGCAGACGUGCGAGAACGGCAAGCAGCUGCGCGACUACGGCAUCUGCCACGACUGGAUCAAGCAGGUCGGCGGCUUUGUGCUCAAGCCCAGGUUCCUAUACAAGGCCCACUUUAGAUGGCACCACUACACCAGCCCUCUGGAGGAGGGGACAGACCUACCGGAAGGCACCGAGGCGUGCGCCUCAGUCACCUCUGCUUUCCUCCAGGUGCUGGCCACCAUCCACCGCGUGGAGGCCAGCCGCACCGACCGGCCGCGCAACGUGCUGCAGAUCCUGUCCACCAACACGCGGCGCACCAAGGUGGUGGAGCUGUCCACGGGCACGCACCGCGUGGCCGACGAGCUGCGCCGCCACUCGCUGUCCGACGGCGAGGGCGGCCACUACUCCACAAACCUCGAUCGCAACAGAUACGGCUCAGACAACAACUACCUGUUCACGGUCACGCGGUACAACCUGGAGGUGCUGGGCAUGUGCCCCUGCCUGGUGGACAUUGAGAUUGUGGACACCCGCAAUGGCAACGAGUCCAACCUGGUGACCGCGGGGCAGGCGGCGUGCGCGUGCGACGACCCGGGGCGCAAGGAACGCGCCGACGCGUCUCAUUACACGCUGAGCAACCAGCAGCGCGUGCUGCCGGCCAGCCCUCCGCGGGAGAGCAUGCGUCGCGUGGCAUCGGCGGGCCACAUGAGCGGCGGCGGCGGCGGCCUCAAGCGCGUGGCCUCGGGCGCCGCGCUGCGCCGCCCGCCCUCCGCCGGCAACCUGCAGACCCACAGCCGAAACAGCGGCGGCAGCGAGCUGUUCGAUGCUCUCCUGCAGGCGGCCACGGGCGCGGACGCUGGCGCGCUGGAGCCCGCGGGGCAGGGCGGCGACCCGCCCGUCACCUCCCGCCACUACGCCACCGCGCAGCUGGGGCGCCAGCGCAGCCGCAUGGGCAUGUGGGCUGCCAGCCACAACGAGGUGGACAGCCUGGCGGCCGCCAUGGAGGACUUCCAGCAAGACGACGAGGAGGGGGCGGCCGGGCGCGUGGGCAGCGCGCGGCGGCGCAUGCUGCGGCGCAACUCCGUCAGCAUGAUUCUGGAGAACCCGGUGCUGGCGCAGACCGGCACCGUCGACUCCCUCAUCCUCAACGCCUACCCGCCCUUCCACGCCCUGCCCUCCAUGCACCAGAUACACGAAGGGGGUGGGUGGGGGCGGGGGCAGGGGUGGGGUGGGCGCCGGAGCGGCGGCGGCGACGAGCACCAGAGCUUCCGCCAGGGCCUGCUGCGCCACUUCCACAAGCAGAGCAGCGCCGCCAACCUGACGCGCAUGGCCAACCCGGCGGAGCUGCGGCGCCUGCAGGACGAGAUGAGGCAGCUGCGGGAGGAGUGCAAGCAGCUUGAGGGUGAGGUGGAGGAGGCUCGCAUCAGGGGCAAGGAGGCGGAGGACCGGGUGGCGGCGCUGGAGGAAGCGCUGGUGCGGCAGCGCGACGCCGGGCGCCGCGCCGCCGACGCCAUCGUGCGCCUCAAGCGUCAGCUGGCCGACGCCGGCGGCGGCGAGGCUGCGGCGGCCGGCGGCGGCGGCAGCCCCGCGGCGGCCGCCGCGGUGGGCAGCAGCGCGGCGGCGGCGGCGGAUGGCAGCGGCGCUGUGCAGGCGGAGGCGCAGGCGGGGGCGGAGGCGGGGGCGGGCGGGGAUGCCGACCUGGAGGGCCUGGCCACCAGCGAGGAGGAGAUCCGGCUGCUGCGGGGCGAGCUGGCGGAGGUGAAGGCGCAGCUGAAGAAGUCUCAAGCGGUGCGCAAGGAGGCAGAGCAGAAGCUGCGGCAUGCGGCGGCGGCGGGCGGCAUGCUGCACCGGCACCACAGCGGACCCAUGGCGGCGGCCGCCGCCGCGGCCGCCGCCGCCGCCGCCGCCUCGGCGUAUGCCAUGCCCUAUGCGCACCCCAUGUACGCGCAUCACAUGCUCCAGAUGCCGCCGCUCAACCCGUACGGCGGCAUCCACCCGGCCGCCUUCCGCCCGCCCGUGUCUGCCGCUAUGCAGAAGGUGGCCUCAAUGCCCAUCCUGGGGCACCCGGGCAUGCUGUCGCCGCAGGCGGCGGGGGAGCGCGAGGGGCACAAGCGGCGCGCCGAGUCGCCCAUCCCAGAAGACGACGAGGCGGCGCCAGCUGGCAAGCGGCGCAUGACCGAGGGCCCCAACAAGGGCAGCACCUCGCCUGGAAGCCCCCCAGACGCAAAGAUGGAGGAUGGGGAGGGAGGCGGCGCCGCCAACGGGGGGGGGUCGCUUGCGGCGGCCGCCCCCGGCGCGGCAGCCAACGGCGGCGCGGCGGCCGGCAAGGCGGCUGCGGCUGCCGCGGGUGGCGGCACUACCACCAUCACCACCGGCGAGAACGGCGCGCAGGGUGCGGCGGGCGGCAAGAAGGGCAGCCACGACACGGAGAAGCUUUGGUUCAGCCGGAUAGACACCAACCGCAGUGGCACCCUGGACGUGAUGGAGCUCCAGAAGGCGCUUGCCCUGGGGGGAUUGAACUUCUCGCUGAAGACGGUGCAAGCCAUCAUGCGGCUGCACGACCGCGACGGCUCAGGCACAAUAGACUUCGAGGAGUUUGAGAAGCUGCAUGUGUGGCUGAGCACGAUCAGCAACUCGUUCAAAACGUUCGACACAGACCGCGGCGGUGCAGGCACGCUAGACAAGGGGGAGGCGCAGAAGGCUGUGGCGCAUGCGGGAUACCGGCUGGACCCCCCCGCCUUUGAGGCGCUCUUCCGCAGCUUCGACCCCGACAGGACCAACAACCUGUGCCUGGCAGAGUUCAUGGCCAUGUCGGUGUUCCUGCAGGGCGCGGGGCGCACCUUCCACGCCUUUGACGCGCAGCGCACCGGCCGCAUCACGCUGGACUUCUCCCAGUUUGUGUAUGCCGCAUCCAACGUGAUGUGA